AUGGCGUCCGGCUCCAGUCUUUCGCUUCCCCACAAAGCACCAAAACUCGGGCACAAGAAAUCCAUGUUCGGUUGUCAGCGUUGCCGAGCUAGAAGAGUAAAGGUGGUAUGCAACGAGGAAAAGCCGACCUGUCAUAACUGCAAGCGGCACGGCUUGCCUUGCAUCUAUGAUCGCGAUGCAUCCGUAAAAGCAGCCUCUGGGAAGCCGACCCUAGCUCAGUUACCUACCUACAGGCUUGAAGAAAGCGACCCACCGGAAAGUCGAACGCGGCGAAUGAUAGAGACGAGGUUGAUGCAUCAAUAUGUUGUUGAAACAGGAGAAACACUUGCGAUUGACCACCACACUAGAGGUUUAUUCUCUCGGGUGGUUCCGAAAUUCGCCCUAGAGUCCGAUGGCUUAUUAUAUUCCAUGUACACCGUCUCAGCCCUGCACUUAGCAAAGCUUGGUAGAAGCGAAGAAAUUGUGGGCGGCGCUGAAAACGCUGCUAAUACGUACUUUUCCAUGGCCGUUCGGGAACAUAAUAGAGAGCUCUCAAAUGUUACCAAACAAACGGCAGAUGCGGUCUGCUUAACAUCAUGUUUGAUAAGGGCCGUCGCACUCCUCCAGCUCGAAGGUCGAAGUUAUCAACCUUACACGCCGCCAUGGCAAUGGCUCGCUUUAAUACAGGCCUCUACAUCAACAUUCGUCGAGGUAGUAAAGCGAACGGGUCCGGAUCCUCAGUCGCCAGUCUUCCAAUUAAUUAAGGAUACUCGCGGUAUACACAAUGACGGAAAACUAUCAGGUGUAGGGGAUUACCAAAGAUGGCAACAUCUGAUGGACCGCCCCGAGGAGAUUCGAGCUAUAGAGCCAUGGGAUGAAGAAAUCCAAGUUACCUAUCAGCGUAUACUUACUUACAUGUGUACUAUCCUUGACCUAAUAGACGGGCAAGGGUUGUCAUGUACCGUCUUAAGAAUGUUAAUUAUGUUUCCUAUGCUAGUAGGACGACGAUUCGUCGAACUAGUUCAGGAAGGAUCACCAAGGUCUCUGGUCAUACUCGCUCACUACUUCGCGCUGCUAACGAGGUUUGAGAACAUCUGGUGGGUUGCCAAUAUAGGAGCUGAUGAGCUCCGCGCAAUCGCUGGCGUACUGCCUGACGUAUGGCAGGGCCUACUCGCCUGGCCACUGAAAGCUAUAGAAAACAAGGAAUUUUAGUGUUCAUGGGCAUCCUCAUUAAUUUAAGCUUGCAGAUUCAAUCCUUUAACCUGGGGUCAUGUAAUGGUGCAGCAUUACGUGGGACCAUCGCCAAGCAAUUUUAGCGCAUCGCUCUCGUCCUCGUUCUCGCUUUCGCUCACAUCGCUAACAUCUCGUCGUCAAUACUUAGAUCUACCAAAGAAUCUGAAUAUUCGUUCCAUGGGCAGCAUAUGCCUGCGCCUCCAGCCAUGACGAGUAUCGGAAGAUUGUAGUUGAAGCUGAAUAAUUUAUAACGAUCCCAAAAAUCAAAAUGUAGUAUAUAUUGCAAUGAGCUUGUCCUAUGUAGACAACAAGUUCUCGAAACCAACAACUACUUCCGACUACUACGGACAAGGAAAUUUAUUAAGUCUUCUAUUCAACAGUUACUUACACGAGUUUUCGCCAUGAAAUCCAUAAGUAUACCGUUGUUCUUCCUCACUUGCUCAAGUUUUGUCCUUGUAAGUGCAU